CUCAUGCCGUGGAUCACGCUGACGACACCAGAGGUGAAAGCAGAACAAAAAUGUGAUAUUUACAUCGGUAUACGUUGGCUAUGCUAGCCUACGUUGACAGUUCAAACAUUUGUGUCAACGUGGUGGAUUUCAUUAUCCCGAAACCGGAUGAGUAGAAAGAACAAUGUUUGACUGAAAAAUUUGAAACUGCCGUCUGUUGUUGUGAAAACUGACUGAAACUUACCCCGACAAUGUCUCCUCAACCAAAACAAAAUGUUCAAUCACUCAAAUACGUCAGUUUGUUCACUCUUACCCUCCAAAAUGCCUUGGUUGGUCUCAGUAUGCGUUAUGCACGAACCAGAGCAGGAGACAUGUUUCUCUCUUCCACAGCGGUUUUAAUGUCAGAAUUUCUGAAAUUACUGACCUGUCUAGUUUUGGUAUACAACAAUGGAAAGAGCUUUGUCCAGUUGGUAGACUCCUUGAAAAGUACCAUAAUCGAUCAACCAUGGGAUACUCUGAAAGUUUGCGUGCCAUCUCUUCUGUAUAUUAUCCAGAAUAAUUUAUUAUAUGUUUCUGCGUCGAAUCUAGAUGCUGCUACAUACCAGGUGACUUAUCAAAUGAAAAUUUUAACGACUGCAUUUUUUGCGGUGACAAUACUCAGAAGAUCACUACGAGUAAUGCAGUGGGGUGCUCUUUGUCUCCUUUUGGCGGGUGUCGUACUAGUACAAAUGGCUGACGCUGGCCCGGCGAAAGUCCCUUCAGGAAUAGAACAAAAUCAACUGCUCGGUUUUGGGGCUGCUUUGGCGGCAUGUUUCCUGUCCGGUUUCGCUGGUAUAUACUUCGAAAAAAUUCUCAAAGCUAUGGAGCAAUUCAAACCAACCGAUGCAACUACUAAUCCAUCACUCAUUCUGGCGGCUGCUAAUCAAAAAAAAUAUGCCCACUUACUAGAAAAAGCCAUUCAUCAUGCGAAAAAAGUCAGCUCCAAUAUGAACGAGCAAUUGGAGGCAGCUGUUGACAUGACAUGCGUUUUAUUCGGUCAGGAAAUUUUGAAACUGAUUCCUGGUCGCGUGUCAACCGAGGUUGACGCGAGAUUGUCGUUCGAUAAAAAGGGUAGCAUCGAAAAAGCGAAAAAACUCAUCACUCUUUACGAGGAAGCAGGAAUAAGUAGAGAUCGUAUUCUUAUAAAGCUCGCCUCGACUUGGGAAGGGAUCCAGGCCGCCAAAGAACUUGAAGAACAAGACGGAAUUCACUGUAACUUGACCCUUCUCUUUUCUUUCGCUCAAGCCGUCGCCUGUGCAGAGGCAGGUGUGACCCUGAUUUCUCCAUUUGUUGGAAGGAUUCUCGAUUGGUACGUCGCGAAUACAGAUAAAAAAAUGUAUGAAUCGAAGGAAGAUCCUGGUGUCGUAUCUGUCACUAAGAUAUACAAUUAUUAUAAAAAAUUUGACUACAAAACUGUCGUAAUGGGUGCAUCCUUCCGCAAUGUUGGUGAAAUCCGAGAGCUCAGUGGGUGUGAUUAUUUGACAAUAGCUCCAAAGCUUUUGGAGGAACUCGAGAAAAGUAACGAACCGCUCCACAAAGUUCUAAACGUCGAAACAGCCAAGAAGUCUGAUCUUCAAAAAGUACAUCUUGACGAAGCACAAUUCAGAUGGUUACUCAAUGAGGAUCAAAUGGCAACGGACAAACUAAGCGACGGAAUUCGCAAGUUUGCCGUUGACAUGCGCAAACUCGAGAAAUUGCUGACCGAGAAACUUCAAGCUUGAGGAUAAACUGUUUUGGAUAUAUUUUUAUAUAUUUACAACUGAACGAUACGCCCUAAGCAAUAGUGCAUAUCCGAUGUAAAUAAAAACUUAUAAAUGGCGAUAAUAUGGUGUAUUAAGCAACAAAGAAUAAUUCUUAUUUUCUUACUGCCUUAUUCGCAGAAUAUUCAAUGUGAAUAAAUCGAUAAACAGACA